CGUUGUACUCUACGAUUUGGAAACAGGAAGAAGGGCGAGGCUGCCUUCAGUGUUAAAGUCUGGUUAAUCUGUCUGUGAGACUCGCCAAACUGCACCAUGCCUAUCUUCAUUUACUACAGCAGUAUUACUGCAACGACGUCGUUGGCAAAACACCAGGAAUACAUUUUUAAUAGACUGGAUGGAAAGAAGAUAGAAUACCAAUUGGUGGAUCUAGCACAAGAUUCCAAACUGAAAGAUGAAAUGCGAAGCAAAAUAGGGAACCCCGAUGCAAAGAUUCCUCAGAUAUUUAACGGCGACCACUACUGUGGGGGUUAUGAGGACUUUGAACAGGCUGUGGAAUGCGAGAUGAUAGAAAAAUUUUUAAAGUUGGAUUCUGACCAACAAAAGAAAUGAUACACCAACAAAUAAUAAUUUGCAGAUUUCCUUGCCAAGUAUUUUUGUUCUGAGAGUCUAUCUGCCCAAGUCUACCAGAGGCAAGCUUUUUUUUUAAACAAAAAUUUUGGGCAUUCCUGCAGUUCAUCCUUAUUUGAAAAUUAACAGUUGUUGAAAGUAUUGUUACUCGAUAUUAAAUUGUGAAACAUACAAACAAAUAAAUUACUUAAAUCUUU